GAUUUGAUCUGCUUUGGUGGCCGUUAGUUCUCUCCUACAGUAAGUAUCAUCCUGUAUUAGAAGGAGAGGCAUUGGUUGCUUUGCUUCUCUGCUCAUUGUCUUCUCAAAAAGAAAUGGAGAAAGCACUGACAAAGGUUGGAAGUUUCUGGAUUUCCAAGAAAGCAAAGGAAGAAUUCUCCAACAUUUCUCAUGACCUUUCUAAUUUAUCUGAUUCUGUUGAAGAAAAGGCAAAAUGGGUAUUCAACAAGUUGAAAGGUAAGCCACAAAAAUCCUUGGCAGAUAUUCUAAGAGAGUAUAAUCUUCCUUCCGGCCUAUUUCCUCAUAAUGUAAAAUGCUACGAGUUUGAAGAAUCAAGAGGGAAGCUGAUAAUAUACCUACCCUCUACUUGUGAGGUAUGUUUCAAGGAUUCGUCCAUUUUAAGGUAUGCCACUCGUGUGAAAGCCACAUUGUCAAGGGGAAAGCUCACUGGAAUUGAAGGAAUGAAGACCAAAGUUCUUGUAUGGGUUAAAGUUACUAGUGUAACUGUUGAGAGUUAUAAGUCUGAUAAAAUAUGGUUCACUGCUGGUGUCAAGAAGUCAAGGCCUAAAGAUGCCUAUGAAGUGCCUCGUGAAGCCAUUAAAGUUGAAGAAUUUUGAUUUUGAUAAUGAGAAAACCAUAAUUUGAUGUGAUUUUAUUGUCAUCUUAUAAUUGAUUCAUAUAAAUUCAUUGUCGACA